AUAACGGAAACAAGCCAAGCGAGUCGUCUGGGAACCUGAUGGUCAUUGCUGCCAUGGAGCAGAUCAAGCAACAGAUCGCUCGAGAAAACAUCCACUUUGUGCGGUUUGAGGCGACUGAUCUCCAUGGAGUGUCCAGGUCCAAGACCGUGCCUGUCCGCUUCUUUCACGAAAAAGCAGUAUAUGGGGUAUCCAUGCCAAGAAGCUACUUGGAGCUGACCCUGAGUCCCAAGAGCAAUGAAGUGGACCACGCCAGCAGUGCUAACUUCAGCAGUGAUGUCCUUUUGAUCCCUGACCUUUCAACCUUCAGGGUCCUGCCCUGGGCUGAGCAGACAGCACGGGUCAUUUGUGAUCCGUGCACUGUAACAGGAAGCCCCCUUCGCACUUCACCUCGUCUCAUUGCCAAGCAGCUCCUUGGACAGCUUCAGAGUUUGGGAUUCUCUCUGCACUCAUCCUUCACCUACGAAUGCUGCGUCCUGGGAGCCCCUGACCGAAUUGGACCAAAAACACUCCUGUUUCCUGCCACCACUCUUCUCAGUAACCAUGACCUGCCUUUCUUCCAGCAGCUGGUGGACAGCAUGUACUGCAUGGGAGCAGACAUCGACAGCAUUGCCUCUGCCAGCGGCCCCGGCCAGAUGGAGAUCAACUUGCGGCCGGAGUUUGGAAUAGCAGCUGCUGAUAGUGCUUUUACCUUCCGCACAGGAAUCAAAGAAAUGGCUCGUAAACACAGCUACAUUGCCAGCUUUUUCACUGAUGAUGGUCUUUACAAUGCUGGCGUGCUCGCCCAUAGUCUAUGGGAUGCUAAUGGACGACGCAGCUUCUUUCCCAGUGAGGAGAAGCCAGGAGACCUGUCGGAGAUUGGGAGGAAGUGGCUGGCUGGUCUCCUCACCCAUUCUGCUGCCCUGAGUUGCCUCAUGUCACCUGGCCUUGGCUGUCGAAGCCACAUCGCCAAGACCAUCAAAGACCCCAAGCGGAUGCUGUACGCUACCUGCGGCUGCAAUGAUAACAGCAGUUCCUUUAACAUCAAGUGUCAUGGUGGAAGGGAGACACACAUUGACAACAAGCUUGGCUCAGCCAUGGCAAAUCCUUACAUUGUACUGGCUGCCACCGUGGCUGCGGGACUGGAUGGUAUCAAGAGAAACCUGAACAUUGAGAGCCUUCUCAACAAACCUCCUGGCCAGCAGAGAGAGAUCACUAUUCCUGUGAAGCUUGAAGAUGCGCUGGAGGCAUUGGGGGAGGAUCCUGUCAUAUGCUGUGCCCUGGGAGAGCCCUUUGUACAGUAUUUUAUUGCCAUGAAGAAGUUUGAGAUCGAGACCCAGGAACUGGAUGAUGAAAGAAACAAGUGCCUUGAGUAUUUCAUUUGAAUUUGUCUUUUGCUUGAGUUUAACAAUUUCUUAGAUGAGAUAGACUCUCUUUUGACAAACAAACAUGACAGAUGCAACAUAACCUUUAUUUAAAAGAUGGUGUUUUCCUAUUAUAAGAGUCAUUUCAAAAUAAAGACGUUUUCUUCAAAUUG